AUGGUCCUACUCACCCACGUCUUGCGUUCACUAUACGCUGAUGGCGGCGAGGACUCUAUCACCCGUCGCUGGGAGUUCAGCGAGGAGAGUCCCCUCCGAGGUGUCGACCGGUCGCUCUUUAUUGCUAUGGGCAUCAUUGCUCUCUGCUCAUUAUGUUCCACUCUGGGUCUACUGUCGUUCCUUACUUAUCGAUUCAUCUACUGGCAGCGGUACUACAAGAACUCGCUUGCGCAGAACCAAUAUGUCGUUCUCAUUUACAAUCUAUUGCUGGUCGAUCUACAACAGGCUAUCGCUUUUACGAUCAGUCUAUAUUGGGUGUCCCGGGGCAGUGUUCACCCUGGUGAAGUGGCCUGCUACUUGCAGGGCUGGUGGAUUCAAACAGCAGAUCCCGGUAGUGGUCUGUUUGUCUUGUCUAUUGCUCUGCACACAUGCUUUGUCGUCUUGCGUGGUCGGCAGCUGCCCUUCAAUAUCUUCGUAUCCUGUGUGAUUGGUUUGUGGAUGUUCAUUCUUCUUUUGGGAUUCAUUCCGGUCGGCCUCUAUGGAUCCAACGUCUUUGUCAUUUCCGAAGCCAACUGGUGCUGGUUGAGUCCUCAAUACGAGGAUGAGCGCCUCUGGGGCCACUAUAUCUGGAUCUUCCUCUCCGAGUUUGGCACCAUUGUUCUCUAUACGAUCAUGUUCUUCUACCUCCGACGUCGAAUGCAACAAGCGACCAUGCUCCGCCGUGGCCAGCAGGACAGUCUGCGUCGAUUGAACCGUGUCGUCAUUUACAUGGUUAUCUAUCCCGUUGUGUACGUGGUUCUGUCCUUGCCCCUCGCAGCGGGUCGUAUGGCCACUGCGCGGGGCAACUCGCCCAGCAAGGCCUACUUCGGUGUCGCUGGUUGUCUGAUGGCUUUUUCCGGUGCUAUGGAUGUGGUUGUCUACACUCUGACCCGUCGUCACCUGCUCCUCGAUACCGAGCACAGCACCACUGACCAUAGCUACGGCAACACCGACUCCCAAUGGCAAACGAAUAUCACCACCAAUGCUGGCUCCCGGUCUCGAAAGGCCUUCCGGAUAGGAUCUCGUCUGAACUCGAAAAUGCGCCGCAGCGUGCCCGAGAAAGACCACACCAGUCCCUUCGAAGGCUCCACCGAGGACAUCGUCGGGAAGAAUGAUAUGGAGAUGUCGAACCUCCACGGUGUGUACCAGGAGACCACGAUUGAGAUUUCUCAUGAGCCGGUCUCUGUCAUAGGGUCGGAGGAGAGGAGCGCGCGUCACAGCGGCUAA